GAAGCCCAUUGGCCGCGGCCUGGCGAGGGUCGCUCCCUCCCACUAGCAGGUUAGUGGGCGCCCCCGGCAGACGUUGACCAGGGCGGGGGGCCUCCGCCAUUCUGCAAGCGGCCUCCCGCUCUCGGCGUAGCGUAGGGCCAGCGGAGAAGCGCAGGGCGGGGGCGCAGACGGCGUGGCGCAGGCGCACUGCGCGGCUUCGCCCGGGUCCCCAGACAGCUGGCGGAGAUAAACAGAGGAGGAGGGAAGGGAAAGAGAGCAGUAGAGGGAGGGAGUGCGUGUGUGUGCGUGUGUGUGAGGGGGUGAGGGCGGGCGGGCUCGCGUGUGUGUGCGCGUGUGUGAGUGUGGGUGAGGUGAGGGAGACGGACGGUGGGAGCGGGUGCUGGGCCGGGGGCCCGCAGCCCCAGCCGGGCUGGCCGCGGGGAGCAUGGGAAGGGCUUAACGCGUUGGACCGACCGGCGGAGCGACCGAGCAGCGAGCGGGCGACAGGCGGACGGGCGGGCGGACGGACCGACGGACGGACCGGAGGACGGACCGGAGCACGGGCUGCCGCUGCCGCCUGACGGGGCCGGCCCGGCCCGCAGCCCCCCGCCGCGCCGACAUGGGCUCCUGAAGUUGCACCGGCCACUCGCUGCUCCGUUCCGGGACAAGGCCUGACAGUGACUCUGUUGUUGAAUAGAACAUUGGAGAACGGGAACUGCUUGCAACAUCAGUGGGGCCCAGGUAAUUACAUGUGUGCUCCCUGGUCCUGGGCUUGGCUGGAAUGCUUGGGGGUACAGAAGAUCCUUCUAGAGCCUCUCUUUUCCUACCCCAUUUUGAAAAGAUGGCAAAAGUCAACAUAACUAGAGACCUCAUUCGGAGGCAAAUAAAGGAGCGGGGUGCAUUGAGUUUUGAAAGGCAUUACCAUGUCACUGAUCCAUUUAUCCGGCGCCUGGGCCUAGAAGCUGAGCUGCAGGGUCACUCAGGAUGUGUAAACUGCCUGGAAUGGAAUGAGAAAGGAGACUUGCUAGCAUCUGGCUCCGAUGACCAACACACCAUUGUAUGGGAUCCCUUACACCACAAGAAGCUUCUUUCCAUGCAUACAGGGCAUACAGCCAACAUCUUCUCUGUCAAGUUUCUGCCUCAUGCUGGGGAUCGGAUCCUGAUCACUGGAGCAGCCGAUUCUAAAGUGCAUGUACAUGACCUGACUGUGAAAGAGACUAUUCACAUGUUUGGAGACCACACGAACCGAGUGAAGCGCAUUGCCACAGCUCCCAUGUGGCCCAACACAUUCUGGAGUGCUGCUGAGGAUGGGCUCAUUCGCCAAUAUGACCUUCGAGAAAAUAGCAAACAUUCGGAGGUGUUGAUUGACCUGACUGAGUACUGUGGCCAGCUAGUAGAGGCCAAAUGCCUCACAGUCAACCCCCAAGACAACAACUGCCUGGCAGUAGGAGCCAGUGGACCUUUUGUGCGGCUCUAUGAUAUCCGAAUGAUCCACAAUCACAGAAAAAGCAUGAAGCAGGGCCCUUCAGCUGGCGUGCAUACAUUCUGUGACCGACGGAAGCCUCUCCCUGAUGGUGCUGCCCAGUAUUACGUAGCAGGGCACUUACCAGUGAAGCUGCCGGACUACAAUAAUCGCCUUCGAGUGCUGGUUGCUACCUACGUCACCUUCAGUCCAAAUGGUACUGAGCUGUUAGUCAACAUGGGAGGAGAACAGGUCUAUUUGUUUGACCUGACAUAUAAGCAGCGACCAUACACCUUUCUCCUGCCAAGGAAAUGUCAUUCAUCAGGGGAGGUCCAGAAUGGCAAGAUGCCUACCAAUGGCAUGUCCAACGGGCUCCACUUGCACAGCAAUGGCUUUCGAUUGUCAGAGGGCAGAUCACAUGUAAGUCCCCAAGCAGAGCUGCCUCCAUCCUUAGAGCGAGUGAAGCAGCAGGCUAAUGAGGCUUUUGCCUGCCAACAGUGGACUCAGGCCAUCCAGCUUUACAGCAAAGCCGUGCAGAAGGCCCCCCACAAUGCCAUGCUCUAUGGGAACCGAGCUGCUGCCUACAUGAAGCGGAAGUGGGAUGGGGACCACUAUGAUGCCCUGAGGGAUUGCCUCAGGGCCAUCUCCCUGAACCCUUGCCAUUUGAAGGCUCAUUUCCGCCUAGCCCGAUGCCUCUUUGAGCUCAAGUAUGUGGCUGAGGCCCUGGAGUGUCUGGAUGACUUCAAAGGGAAAUUCCCAGAGCAGGCCCACAGCAGUGCCUGUGAUGCUCUAGGCCGAGACAUCACUGCAGCCCUCUUCUCUAAGAGCGAUAGCGAGGAGAAGAAGAGUGGUGGUCCUGUCCGAUUGAGGAGCACCAGCCGAAAGGACUCCAUCUCAGAGGACGAGAUGGUCCUGCGGGAGCGGAGCUAUGACUACCAGUUCCGGUACUGUGGGCACUGCAAUACCACCACAGACAUCAAGGAAGCAAACUUCUUCGGCAGCAAUGCACAGUAUAUCGUCAGUGGCUCUGAUGACGGCUCCUUCUUCAUCUGGGAGAAGGAGACUACCAACUUGGUGCGUGUGCUCCAGGGGGAUGAGUCCAUCGUCAACUGCCUGCAGCCCCAUCCCAGCUACUGCUUCCUAGCCACCAGCGGCAUCGACCCUGUUGUGAGGCUCUGGAAUCCUCGGCCAGAGAGUGAAGACCUCACGGGACGAGUGGUCGAGGACAUGGAGGGGGCUUCUCAGGCCAACCAGCGCCGGAUGAAUGCUGAUCCCCUAGAAGUGAUGCUCCUCAACAUGGGCUAUCGGAUCACAGGCCUGAGCAGUGGAGGCGCUGGGGCUUCUGACGAUGAGGACAGCUCUGAGGGCCAGGUCCAAUGCCGGCCCAGCUAAGGCCCAGCCCAUGCCUCCCAUCUCCUCACAGAGGAGGAGGAGAAGGAGGAAGAGGAGGAGGAGGGGUUUGGUUUUGGUUUUUCUUUUUGUUUUUGGGUUUUUUUUUUAAUCCCCCUCCAGGCUCCCCCACUCUGUUUUGUUUGUUUGUUUGGGGGUGGAGGGUGGGGGACAGUACAACUCAUUGGCUUCCAGACUCUUGGGGGUGGCAGCCCCAGGCCCAGAGCAGAAGCUUCUUCCAGCAGUCUUCCUCCUCCUGCCCUUAGCAGCAAGUCCUCUGGUGUCAGGCUGCUAGGAAAGGGGCUAAGGCAUGUGUGAGGGCAAGAAUGUAGCCCCAGUUAGUGGAGCCCUUCUCUGACUACAGAGGGGAUCACGGUGUGUGAAGAAGGAAUCUUGGGCUAUGAAUGCCCUUGGCUGUGGUCAGUUUUUGCCCUUGAAUCCCUGGAGAACUGGCCUGUCUCCCUAUGUCCUCCAGGGGGCUCAGGGAUGAGGCCUUGGCCAAGUCUAGCAUCUGCUCAGCAUUCCUGUUCACAUCCUCCCUAUAGGGAGGGUCCUAAGGUGGUGGGAGCAGACAGGGAAAGAGAAACCUCAACCCACCCUGGCUGGUUUAUCCAGCCUCAUAGGAGGGGAGCUUCUUGGUCCCCACGAAUGUCCUGGCCCUCAGCUCUCUCACAGGCAGCCUCAAUUAACUCAUUCCCUUUCUCUUCCUGGGAAAGUGGUUGAGGCCUAGAGCCACUGGCCCUGGCAGAGAAUAGCCUUUCACUAGCUAAUGCCCCCUCUCCAACUCUGCUUGGCCUCACUGUGACCUCUGCCCCAGAGCCUCUCGUCAUCCUCCCCUUCCACUGCCCCUCAUCUCUUUCGACAUCCAGGCUAAGCAUACUGCUACACAAGGGCUCCGUUCCACCACCCCUCCCAGCUGUGGAGUUCUCUCUUCCUUUCCCAUUCCCUCUAGUUUCCUGUUGUGCUGAGCCUGACCACCAAGGAAAUGACAGCUUUUCUGUGGGUCUCCCGCUCUGCAGGGGCCGCCCCACCACACAAGGACACCCACAUGUGCCCUCGGAAAAAGGCAACUGAGGCUCAGCCAGCUUUGGGUAGAAAGGGGGUCUAACUCACCUUUGCUGCCAAGCCCUCCUCUCCCCAUAGAGUGCUUUACCCCACUGCUCCUCAGGCCCAUGCUCCUCCCCAUCUCCAAACCAAGGACACUUGGGAAAGUGGAUGCCGUUCUCCAAGAUAUAGGCUCCAGCCACAUGACCCUUUGGAGGGAGGACCCCCUCUGAACCCCUGUCUCUGCUGGGUAGCAAGGCUGGGGAUCAUUUUUAAAUCCAUUUCAUUGUUUUAAAAAUAAAAUUGGGAGGUAGUGUAGGAGGGAAGAUGGACAGUAAAGGUCUGGGGGCCUCUUUCUACAGCUUCACUUCCAGCAAGGCAAGGGGCAGCUUCUCCCCACUUUCUUUCCCUCGCCCCUCCCUUUCCUCCUUCCUGUCCUUGCUUGGUAAUGAAGUAUAUUUAUUGGUGAAGGAGACAGCUGCUGCUGGGACCUGAUCUCUUCUCUCUUUUCCCCGACUUCUCUAGCCCGGAGAGGGAGGGGGGAAGGCAGGGCUCCCUGGGGAGGUGAGGCCUGGCAUCACCCCUUAGCUUUCCUGAUCACUCACUCUGCUCCAGCCCAGGGCUCCCUUCCUCUCUCUUCCCCCACCCCCACCCCCCACAGUGUGGAAGAAACACAAAAGCCUUACUGUCCACUUGGGCAGGAGCAGAAUAUUUUUGUUCCUCUGCCCCCCCCCCCCCUUACCCCAGCAGAGUGAGGGUGAUGAUGCAAUUGAUUAAAAAACAUUUUGUUCUA